UUUACAUCUUUGCAAUUGCAUCCAGCUCGAUUUCCUUCGAAGAUGACAGCCCGAUUGACAGCCCGCCAAGCCGUACUUGCCUCUUUGGCUGCGUCGUCCGCUGCGGCAGCCGGCGGCAAUUGCAAGAAGCGGCCUGUGGGUGACGAGGAGGUGGAUGAGAGCAGCGAUGAGGGGGGUUCAGAGUGGGAGGGGCGCCGCACCAAGGCCGUCGUGCAGAAGAAGGCCAAACUCAACGACAAGGGCAAAGCCAAAGCCAAGAACAAGGGCAAGAGCACAAAGGUGGACAGUGCGGGCAGAUCCAAGGCGGAUAAGGCAGCAGACGACGAUAUCGAGAUGGAGGUGAGGGCGGGAGCAAGCAACGCGGGACAAAUGAAAAGAGUGGAUGGAUGGAACUGUUGCUUUGCUUCCGUGUGUUGUGUUGUGUUGUGUGCAGGAUGUUGGUGUGGGUGGUGGUGAUGUGGUGGCCUAUUUCGCUGCGAUGGCUGACAGACUGCAGGAGCAGCUGCAGCGGGUGCAGGACGCCAAGGCCAAGGUCACACACACAAAUGCAAACACAAGCAUGGAGCAGCAGCACUUAUACCUUGUUGUGUGUGUGUGUGUGUGUGUGUGUCAGGCGGAGCAUGUGUUUGAGUUGAAGGCUGCCCUCCCACCGCCCGAGUCGAACAGACAGCACAACCGCAUGCAGGUCACACCAACACACCAACACACCAACCGACACUAUCAGCAACACACAAGGGUGUUGAUGGUGUUGAUGGUGUUGAUGGUGUUGGGUGGCAGGAGGUGGAGCGUCACGCCCGUGUGUGGUGUUCGAUGGUGACCAGGGACGCCAACACGCAGGUCCACGACAGCAGCGUGAGGGCCACGUCGCAGCUGGAGGCAGUGGUCAAGAAGAUGCAAGCCAUCGCCGACAAGAUCAAGGACAUCGACCACAACGAGGAGGUAACCACACGACACACACACACACACUAUGAUGACAGACACACACAUCGGCUGUUCCACAAUUGCUGUUCCAUCUCGGUUGGUCUCUCUCAGGCUAAGUUGUCGUUGGAGGAUCUGCCUGAGCCGCUCUGGAUGAGCACGGCUGAGGGGACGGGCGGCUUCGGGCUGGGCGCGUACCUCGGCUUCGUGCCGUCCAUCGAGUCCCUCGCACCCGUCAGCACAUCCAUCAGAGCCCUCACACAGCAGCGCGCCAUGCACCCCAUCGUCGAACUCGAUCGCAGCCCCAAGGCAAACACCAUCAACAAAUGGACAGGUCAGUGGUGUGCAGCAACACGCCACCCAUGAGCCGACACAUCCUCCCUCUUUGUGUGCCUGCGUGUGCGUCAGGUCGUUCGUCUGCGCCGUUGCGUGAGUGCCGAGUGUUUCGCGUCAACCACCGCCCCACCGUCACCCUCGUGCAGCUGCUGGAGAGGCUGGCGGGCGUGGUUGAGUCGGUGGAGCUGCUGUGCCCUCCGAAGGAGCCUGAGUACGACAAGAAGGGCCGCGAGAAGCCCAGACACGACGCAACGGACAUGCAGUGGCGAAGGGGCGAGUUCAAGAAGGUCAAAUACCUACCCUCAAUCAAGGUGGGAAGGAGGAAGGAAACGGCGGAAUGACAAUGUACUGUGUGUCGGCCCUUGUCGCUUCGUCAGAAGCCGUAGGUGUUCUCGCGUCUGCAGAAGGUGUCGGUCAACAGUGUGUGGACCAAGCUUGUGGAGGAUCGCAGCUACUCGUGGCCCGCCCUGCUUGAGCUCAGCACGGUGAGCGUGACCAUGGCCGCCCCCCUAAGCUGGAUCGCCAAGGCUGAGAAGGGACUCACAUCGCUCGACCUCAUGGUGGAUAAGGUCAGAAGAAAUGAUGCGACACAACCCAACCAACACCCACGAAUCAGUACAAGUACCUUCGUGCCCCCCUGUGUGUGUGUGUGUGUGUGCAGGAUGAUCCGAGUUGCAAGGAGAAGGUGGAGAUCGACAAAAUCGCAAAGGCCAUCAAAGACACGCCCUCAGGUAUGUGGAGACACCACACGCAACACGACACAUCCGCAUGCCGUCAUCCCUCUCCGUGCGUGUAUGGUUUAUGGCUCAGCCAAGUCGCUCGCCAGCCUGUCGGGUCGCGUGCAUCACAACCUGUCCGCCCCGGCAGCCGACGAGGGCUUCAUCGCGCUGAUGGGCUCCGACAUGGGGGGCCCCCUGCACAACAUACAGAUGAUACUCCCAGACAUCAGAACCACAGACAUGAUCAAAGUAAGACACCAAAAUGGACGGUGGGUGAGCAGACAAUGCACCACACGCUUCUCCCUCUGUCUGUCUCAACAACAACAACAGGCGUUGCACAAGUUCCGCUCCAGCUGUGUGGCCGAGGGCGCGCGCGAGGACUACCGUGGCGGCUUCACCGACGGCGAGGGCUGCAUGGGGGGUGUCAAGCUCCGCCUGCCCCUGUCGGGCGCCGUAGCCCCCCUUGCCGACGCACAGUCGACGCUCGAGACAUGCUGCCAGCAGGCCGAGACCGUCACACUCCCCACACGCACACAUCACGCGCGUGACAAUGCGGCGGCCAUCGUCCCCGCCGCCUCCUUCGCCUGCCCCUCAGCCCACACACUCACCAUCGAGUUCUGCGGCGGCCAGCAUCCCCUGCCCCAGUACCUCCUCAACGACCCGGCCGCCAUGCUGCCCCGUGUGGCGUCCAUCGAGGUCAAGCAGAAGGUCCGUUGCUUUUGCUUUGCUCUCUCCCAUGUAGCUCUCAGGCACAUGGUGGCUGUAGGUGUACUGACGGCAGCUGCGGAUGUCGGCAGCAGGCCGGUCACUGUCCCUGCCACCCCACCCCAGCCACAGCCACUCACCGAUGUACACACUCCACCCCAUGACGUGCUCCCCUCCCUCCCCGCCACCGACACAUACUGCCGUCGUGGGACAUUGAUCCUGGUCGGUGUGUCGAAGUGGCCGGCCAAUGAGAACCACCACACACCACAGCUGUACCUGCGAUAG